AUGUAUCCUGGAUUAACUACAAUGCAAUACUUUGUUGGGCAACCCACUCGUUCCAGUACGGGGGUGUCGCCUUCCCCAUUGGAGAUAAUGGCUUUGCGGUUUGGCGAAGUAGUCAAGGGAUUUCACAGAGGCAGUCUUCCUUUAGCCAAUUCGUUUGCACCAAUUCAAGAAAAAGAACGGGAAAAUUAUUUAAAGCCCAGCAUUAGGCCAGAGUCACAGUGUGAACCGCCACUGUUCUUCUCAAAGUCGUCGCUAGAUUAUCUGAAUUUACAAUUCACGAGCAAUGUACGAAGGAGUGGGGAAGGGAGUUUACCACAGUGCAAUAUGUGUGCUCUAAGUGGGUGCUGUAUUCAACACGCGAACGGGGAAUCCAGUGACCCAUGUGGAUCCAUUCACCGAACCAGACAACCAUGUGGGUGUACAGAAACAGUUCCGGUCGCAUCGGCCAGGAUGGAGGCUAAAGAUUAUAGCUUUCAGAUGAGCACCCCGUUGCUUCCUUAUCGUUACGGUACAGAAGCAUGCACACAUGCACCAACUGUCGAUCGUUAUCCGAACGAUGGCAGUAAUUUGGUCCUUUCCGGUCAACAUUCAGAUUCGUCGUCUCCUGUGUCCUAUUUGUCUCCCACUUCCACACAAAGAUGCCAUCCAGGUACGUGGAUAGAAGGCUGUGGACAGAAGUGUUCACCUCGCGUAUCGCGAAGACAUUCACAUUUGUCUGACAACCUACCAGCUACCCAGAAAAAUGCACUACAUAAUUCAACCAUACAGAGGAAAGGUGAUCAAGAGUCUUUUGAUACGUCUGGGCGCUGGCUUUCGUUAUCUCAACCGGAAGUACCUUCAUGUACACUAAAUUGGGCUCAGGAGGAAUGCACUGAAGUGUUCGGGAACUAUCCAACCACAGAGACAGUGCUGACCCAGUUGGAUGCAUCCAACAAACCUCCGUUCUCAUACAUUACCCUCAUCGUGUCCGCUAUGAGUUCGAAACCAUCGAAGCAAAUCACAUUGAGUGAGAUUUACGCAUGGAUCAUGUCCACAUUCUCGUACUAUCGUAAAAACACCAGAAGGUAA